AUGUUUAAGGCUCAGUGGAAUCAAAAAUUGGCCAAAAACAAAAAUGGAGACCCACCUCUUGAGGAGCAUUUUCCAUUUAUUGAAAUAAUUUUCAAGCUGCCGAGAAGCGAAAUUUUUACUCCACAUCAUGACGCGAAUAUAAUCUAUCCACAUCCUAAUAAACGUCGUUCGAAAGGUGAUCCGCGUCCAAUGAAUUCAUUUAUGAUACUUACACUCGUUGUGCGAAAAGUCGCAGAAACUUAUAACGUUGAUUUAGGUGAUGGAAGGUCAUGUAUCAGGAUUUGCCAACUUAUGAGAUGGGGAGCUUCGAAAUGUGACUGGAUGAUUUAUUUAAAGUUGCAAAAGCAAUUUAAAAUAAUUCAUUCUCACUAUUACCCAUUGUAUGACUAUCGUAAGAAAUCACAAGUAUCUGAUAACAAAGAAUUUGUGAUUGUUAAAUCUGAUGAUUAUAAAGAAGAAGCACUGCUUUCUGAGUCUCGAAAUAAAAAAAUUGCCUCGUCCGCUUUACCUUCUUGGUUAUCUACAAAGAAUGGAAAGAAUGGAAAGAUGGCUACAAAGUUUCUAAAUUUGCCUGUAAGGGCCACAAGCAUUCCCUUUCAGGAAAUUACCAAUCCUCAAGUUAUUAUGACAACUCUUUUACCAUACGGCUUUAAUCCUCAACUUGGUUCUCAAGAGGAAUUUUCUCUUAGUCUUUCACCUGUUUCCCCACCUGGUACCUUUAAAGUUGUCCCCAGUUCGCCACCAGUUUCUCAGGAAGUUAUUGUCCCAUCUUCUCAAAAUGUUGGCACUCAAGAAACAACUGUACCUGACUCUCCGUCGUUCAUUUCCCAAGAAAUAGUAGUUCCCAGUUCACCGCAGGAAUCUCAAGUUAACUGUCAAGGCUCGACUCCUAGCUCGUCAUUUAUUACUCAAGUAAACAACGCUCAAGAAUUUUUACUUUCCUCCCCAUAUUUCGGCUAUUCUGCCGACCUCCGAAACUUUCCUGCCGACUUCCGUAACUGUUUAGAGCAAUGUUAUUCAAACAUUCCUAUUCCUACUAUUGCGGUUAAUUGUCCAAACCAACAAGUCCCAUGUCAAAUUGAUUCAAAAUUUAUG